AUUUCAUACAUAUAGACCAAAACAGUUGAGAGAAGAUUUCAUCGAUCAAUCUGCAGACUAAAUCUGAAGGUUUAGUUGUUGUUUUCGUUUUAGCGAAAGAGAGAGUAAGCAGUAGAGAGCAUGGCUGAGGCAGUUGUUUCAUUUGUGCUCCAAAAUGUCAGAGUCUUCACCACUCAGGAAGCCAAGUUCUUGUCUGGAGUCAGCCAUCAAGUUGAGGGUGCACAAACUGAGCUACUAGUGAUGAAGGGAUUCCAGAAAAAUUUGGAUGCAAGACGAGGAGAAGAUCCAACUGUCCAGCUUUGGGUUGCCCAAAUUAGAGAUGCUGCUUAUGAUUUGGAAGACGUUAUUGAAACGUAUGGCUUGAAAGUGGUUUCCAAGAAGAAAAGAGGUGUGAAGAAUGUUCUCAAAAGAUUUGCCUGCAUCUUCAAGGAAGGGGUCGAUCUUCACAGGAUUGGGAAAGAAAUUGAGAAUAUCACUGCCAAAAUUUCUAAGUUGAGGUCAAGUUUGGAGAAGUAUAACAUAAAAGAAAUAAUAAGGGACAGAGACAGUAGUGACGGUGAAUCUUCCUCGCAAUUGCAUCAGAGGUUAAGGCAAAGUUAUUCUCAUGCUGUUGAAUGUGAUGUUGUUGGGUUAGAGUCCAACGUUGAAGAAUUGGUUAUGCAUUUAGUGAAAGAUGAAAAUCGUCAUCGAGUUGUAUCUAUUUGGGGUAUGGGCGGUUUAGGGAAGACCACCCUUGCAAGAAAGGUUUAUCAUGACAAAAAAGUAAGGCAGCAUUUUCAUAGUUUUGCUUGGUUCUGUGUAUCUCAACGGUAUCAAGUAAGAAAUGUUUGGGAGGGAAUUUUAAUUGAACUCAUUUCCGCUACCAAGGAACAAAGACAAGAAGUUAAGGACAUGAGAGAUGAUGAAAUAGCAACGAAGCUUUUCCGUGUUUUACAAGAAAUGAAAUGUUUGGUGAUCCUUGAUGACAUAUGGAGAAUCGAGACAUGGAAUCUUUUGAAGGCUGCAUUUCCAAAUGUGGAAACAGAGAGCACAAUAUUGCUUACUACACGCAAUCAAGCAGUAGCCACGCUCCCAAAUAGAAAUGCUUUUCUCCACAAACUCCAGCCACUGAAUGAGAAUGAGAGUUGGAACCUACUUGAGAAGAAAGCAAUAUCUGAAAGGGCUGAUAUCGAUUUGGGAAUGUUCACAAAGAAGAGAGAAUUAGGAAUGAAGAUGCUCCGACAUUGUAAAGGUUUGCCAUUAGCCAUCAUUGUGCUUGCCGGAGUUCUAGCCAGAAAAAACACUAUUAGAGAAUGGGAGAGAGUGUAUGAGAAUGUUCAUGAAUACAUAAGUAGAGGCAUAGGUCAUGAAGAAGAAUAUGAAGGUGUAUCACAAGUGUUGGCAUUGAGUUAUGAUGACCUACCGUAUUACUUAAAACCAUGUUUUUUAUAUUUAGGUCAUUAUCUUGAAGACUCUGAGUUUUUGGUGAGCAAAUUGACUAAGUUAUGGGUGGCAGAAGGUCUUAUCUCCUUGAGAAAACAAAGACAUGGUUUGGGGGAAACAAUGGAGGAUAUAGCACGUGAUUGUUUAAGUGAGUUGGUGGAAAGGUGUUUGGUUCAAGUGGGAACAAGUGGUUCAAGUGGGACAAUUAAAGGUUGUCAAAUCCAUGAUCUUGUACGAGAUAUGUGUUUGUUAAAGGCGAAAGAGGAAAGCUUUCUCCAGAUUAACAAUUCUUUGCAAGAAAAUACUUCUUCUGUGGUAGCUGAGGCAUCACAAUUGGGGAAAAUUCGAAGACUUGCAAUUUACUUGGAUGAGAAGACAGAUAGGUUGGUUUCUUCAAGAGAUGAAACAAACGGGCACGUAAGGUCUCUAUUAUACUUUUUGCCAGGAGGAUGCCAAAAAGUGAAAAAGGAUUGCUAUCUCCGUUGAAGGAUUUCAAAGUGCUUAGAGUUUUGAAGGUUGAAGGUCUUUAUAAUGUAGAAGUAGAGUUGCCAAAUGAAAUUGGAAAUAUGGUACACUUAAGGUUUCUAAGUGUGAAGGAUAGCAAAAUAAAAAAGUUUCCACCAUCCCUAGGUAAUUUAGUAUGCUUGCAAACUCUUGAUUAUCGUGUUCACUUUGUGAUAAGGCAUAUGCUCAUCCCAAAUGUGAUAAUGAAGAUGAAACAAUUAAGACAUUUAUAUUUACCCUUGGAUUACAGAGCAAAGAGUAACCUAGAGCUGUCUACCCUUGGCCAUCUACAGACCUUAUAUAGCCUUGCAAUUGAGUAUUGUGAUUUGAAAGAUGUUGGUAGAUUAACCAAUCUUAGAAAACUGAGACUAAUAUUGUCAAGUUCUUUGCAAAAUCUGGAGGAAAUCUUAAAAUCUACAGGCAGCACGCUUAACCGUAUCCGGACUUUAUUUGUGGACAACAAAUUUCAUUAUAGAGGUGCGAAGCAAGCUGUGCAAAUAGUAUCAAGCUGUCGGGGUAUAUAUAAAUUGGCGUUGGUAGGGCCAAUCGCAGAAUUACCGAAAGAGCUCCCCAACUAUCCAAACCUCACCAAGUUAGAAUUGUGUAGUUGUGGUCUCAAGGAGGACCAAAUGGGAAUACUAGAGAAACUGCCAAACGUAACAAUUUUGAAGCUUAUUGAAAUAGCUUUCCUUGGGAAUACAAAGAUACUGGUUUUCUCCAAAGGAGGCUUUCCUUCUCUUGAAUUUCUUGAUGUUUUUAUUAUGGGCGGAAUAACAGAGUGGAGAGUAGAGGAAGGUGCCAUGCCUCGUCUCUGUCGAUUGGAAAUCGAAUAUUGCUGGGGAUUGAGGACACUUCCAGAUGGGCUGAGAUAUCUUACUAAUCUCAGGGAAUUAACCGUCAGAGGGAUGCGUAGAGAACUCCACCGUCGGAUUGAGGAAGAUGGAGAUGAUUUCUAUAAAAUUCAACAUGUACCUUCCCUUGUAAUUGGAGAACCGUGGGACCCAGCACCGAUGCAGUGAUAGCAAGGUGGGACGUUGUAGCUGAAAUGAGAAGAAUGAUGAAAGAAAGAGGUUUGAAGAAGGCACCUGGGUGCAGCUGAAUAAGCAUUAAUUCCAAGACUCAUUGUUUCUAUGUUGCUGAUAAAGCACAAUCCUUGUUCUAGUUCGAUCUAUCAGAUGCUUGACUACCUUAUCUUAGUGAUGAAGGGAGCCUGCUAUUCUGAUGAUUUUGAACAUCCAGAAUAGAUCCUUUUUAUAUUGGGCUGGUACUACCAUUUAGUGAUAUAAUGAUUGUUGUUAGUUGCUUACACAACUUUGUAAUUUUUUUUUUCUUUAUCAGAUUCAGGUCUGCCUAAUGUAAGUGAUCUAAUAGCCUCAUCGGGCUUACAUGCAACUGGUGUAUACUACGUCCCUUUCACAAUAGUUGAUUAUGUGAUCUGCUUGUGAGUGGCAAUUGUGACAAGCGUGUGUAUAGUCAAACCUAGAUAAGGUGGUUGAGCUUGCCAUUUCCUAUAGGCAAGGGGAACCAAGAAUUUUUCAACGGGGUGGACUAGCUAAAGUUGUUAGCUUAAAAUUUAAUAAUUAUUUUUUUAGUACCUACAAUUUCUCUAGUCUUUCUAAAAAUAAAAGUAAAUGCCAAAAUUGAGGGAAGGUGGUCUUGCAUUGGAUGCUGUGGUCCAAUGAUAAUUGAGGGAAGGUGGUCAGAAAGAAAACGCCAAAAUUUGCUACUUCUUGUUGGGUGGAAUUGGACAACACACAUAGAAAUUGCUCUACCGACAAAGAGAUGUUCUCAUCAAUCAAUCUAAAAACUGGAUCUGGUUUACUUGUUUUCGUUUUGGCGAAAAGAGAGUAAGCAGUAGAGAGAAUGGCUGAGGCAGUUGUUUCCGUCGUGCUCGAAAGUGUCAGAGACUUCACCAUUCAGGAAGCCAAGUUCUUGUCUGGAGUCAGCCGUCAAGUUGAAGCUGCACAAACUGAGCUAGAAUUCAUGCAGGGAUUCCUCAAAGAUGCAGAUGCAAGACAAGGACAAGAUACAAGAGUCCAGAUUUGUGUUGCCAAAAUUAGAGAUGCGGCUUAUGAUUUGGAAGAUAUUAUUGAAACUUAUGGCUUGAAAGUGGAUUCCAAGAAGAAGAAAAGAGGCCUCAAGAAUGUUCUCAAAAGAUUUGCCUGCAUCUUCAAGGAAGGGGUUGAUGUUCACAUGAUUGCGGCAGAAAUUGAGAAUAUCACUACCAAAAUUUCUGCGUUGAGAUCGAAUUUGCAGAGUUAUAACAUAAAGGAAAUAAGGGACAGGGACAGCGGUGGUGGUGAAUCGUCCUUGCAAUUGCAUGAGAGGCUAAGGAGAAGUUAUUCUCAUGUUGUUGAACGUGAUGUUGUUGGGUUAGAGUCCAACGUUGAAGAAUUGGUUGUGCAUUUGGUGAAAGAUGAAAACCGUCAUCAAGUUGUAUCUGUUUGGGGUAUGGGCGGUUUAGGGAAGACCACCCUUGCAAGAAAGGUUUAUCAUCACAAAAAAGUAAGGCAGCAUUUCCUUAGUUUUGCUUGGGUCUGUAUAUCUCAACGUUUUCAAGUCAGAAAUGUUUGGGAAAGAAUUUUAAUUGAACUCACUUCUGCUACCAAGGAACCAAAACAAGAAAUUAAGGACAUGACAGAUGAUGAAAUAGCAAAGAAGCUUUUUUGUGUCAUGGAAGAAAUGAGAUGUUUGGUGAUUCUUGAUGACAUUUGGAGUAUCGAGACAUGGAAUCUUUUGAAGGUUGCAUUUCCAAACGUGGAAACAGAGAGCACAAUAUUGCUUACUACACGGAAUCAAGCAGUAGCUUCGCUCCCAAAUAGAAAUGUUUUUCUCCACAAACUCCAGCCACUCAAUGAGAAUGAGAGUUGGGAACUACUUGUGAAGAAAGCAAUACCUGCAAGGGCUGAAAUCGAAGGUCUUAUCUUCUUAAGACAACAAGGUCAUGGUUCGGAAAAAACAAUGGAGGAUAUAGCACGUGAUUGCUUAAGUGAGUUAGUGGAAAGGUGUUUGGUUCAAGUGGGAACAAGUGGUUCAACUGGGACAAUUAAAGAUUGUCGAAUCCAUGAUCUUAUACGAGACAUGUGUUUGUUAAAGGCAAAAGAUGAAAGCUUUCUCCAAAUUAACUAUUCUUUGCAAGAAAAUACUUCGUCUGUGACAGCCCAGGCAUCACAAUUGGGGAAAAUUCGAAGACUUGCAAUUUACGUGGAUGAGAAGGCAGAUAGGUUGGUUUCUUCAAGAGAUGAAACAAAUGGGCACGUAAGGUCUCUAUUAUUCUUUGGCCUAAGAGAAUGGAGGCCAAAAAGUGAAAAAGGAUUACUAUCUCCGUUGAAAGAUUUUAAAGUGCUUAGAGUUUUGAAGGUUGAAGGUCUUCGGGCAAGAAGAGUAGAGUUGCCAAGUGAAAUUGGAAAUAUGGUACACUUAAGGUUUCUAAGUGUGAGGAGGAGCGAAAUAAAAACGUUUCCGUCAUCCCUAGGUAAUUUAGUAUGCUUGCAAACUCUUGAUUUUCGUGUUUCAAGUUAUAUUGACAUGGUCAUCCCAAAUGUGAUAAAGAAGAUGAAACAAUUAAGACAUUUAUAUUUACCUUGGAAUUACAGAGCAAAGGGUAAGCUAGAGCUGUCUACUCUUGGCCAUUUACAGACCUUACAUAACCUUUCAAGUGAGUAUUGUGAUUUGAAAGAUGUUGGUAGAUUAACCAAUCUUAGAAAACUGAAAAUAAGAGUGUUAGGCUCUUUGCAAAAUCUGGAGGAAAUCUUAAAAUCUACAAGCAGCACGCUUAACCGUAUCCGGUCUCUAAUUGUGAAAAAUGACACAAAUAGCGGUGAAGAGCAAGCUAUGCAAAUAGUAUCAAGUUGUCCGGGUAUAUACAAAUUGACGUUGGAUGGGCCAAUCGCAGAAUUACCGAAAGAGCUACACAACUAUCCAAACCUCACAAAGUUAGUAUUGUGGAGUUGUGGUCUCAAGGAGGACCAAAUGGGAAUACUAGAGAAGCUGCCAAACCUAACAAAUUUGAAGCUUUUUGAAAAACCUUUCGAGGAGAAUACAAAGAUACUGGUUUUCUCCAGAGGAGGAUUUCCUUCUCUUGAAUUUCUUCAUGUUUCUAGAAUGGACCAAAUAACAGAGCUGAGGGUAGAGAAAGGAGCCAUGCCUCGUCUCUGUCAAUUGUGCAUCCAAUUUUGCUCGGGAUUGACUACACUUCCAGAUGGGCUGAGAUAUCUUAUUUAUCUCAAGGAAUUAACCAUUAGAUGGAUGUGUAGAGAACUCCACCGUCGGAUUGAGGAAGAUGGAGAGGAUUUCUAUAAAAUUCAACAUGUACCUUGCCUUUUAAUUGGAGAACCACUUGAUUAACCACCGAUGCAAUGAUAGCAAGCUGCAGAUAGGACGUGACAUUGAGAAAGUAUCUCGAAGCUCUGCAACAGAGGGAGCAUGUACCAGGCAGAACUUACAGAGAGAAGAAAGAAAUGCUCUGUGAAAAUCAAGAGGAGCAAAGAUGUGGUCAAAUUGUUCAAAGUUGGUUACAAGCUUUUGGGUCUAGUUAUUACACAAAUGAAAUUUUUGUAUUGUAUUAAAAUUUCCUUGAUGAAACCUUGUAUUUGUAUUCCCCUUCCGUGUGUGUUUUCAAUUGUAAAUAUUUUAUCUUCGUGAGACAUAUAUUUACGAAAUCGAUAUACUAUAAUGGAUGAUUUUAUCUUCG